AUGACCUAAAUGCCCUCUUUUUUUGGUGUGAGCCCUAGCUUUUGACCUUCGAAACCUCCGAUAUCCAUCGUUCUGCCCUUUUGCCCCUGCAAUUUCUCAGCUCUUCCCCUUCUCUACCCUUCACUCUUUCAGGUUUCUUGGUGUCUUUGACGCUCCAAGUUGUUCUCUUUGGAACUCAGGAAGAGGAAUUUUAAAUUGCAAGUUGAGCAUUUUUUUUGGGGAUUGAGAGGUUGAUUAAUAGAUAUUUGACUGGAUUAUUCAUGGCGAAUCACGAUAUGAUUCUUGGUCAAAGACAGGACCUAUCGCUGGUUCAGAACCAACACCUCGGUCUAGGGCAUAAUCAAAGUCUGUUAGUUGGACAGAGUCAGAAUUUAGGAUUGGGACAGUCACGUGAACAUGAUCUGGAUAUAGGGCAUACCCAUGAUCAUGAUUUAGGUUUAGCUCAUGCCGAUCAUGAAUUAGCAGUAGCUCAGGCCCACAACCAUGAAAUGGCUCUAAGACAUGCUCAUGUCCUUAGUGGUGAUGAACAUGAUAAUGGAAUGAAUCUGGGUGAAGAUACUGAACCUGAUGGUGAUCAAAACAAUACCGAUGUUGACAACCAUGAUCAUCAACUGCCUCUUACUGCCCAAAAUCACGAGUUAGGUUUAUCAGAGAAUCACGAAUUGUCCAUUGUAGAGAACCACGACCUUGAUGAAAACAUGGAGCUUGUUGUGGACCAAAACCAUGAAAUGGGUAUGGUACCUGCUGCGGAUAUGACUGGUCCUGAUGGCGAGCUCCUAGUCAGUCCCCCUGUUAUUCAAACUCGCACCCUAGUUCCUACUCCUACCCAUGAAUUGACUGUUGGGCAAGAGUUUCCUGAUGUCCAGAGCUGUCGUAGGGCAUUGAGGGACACCGCAAUUGCUCUACACUUCGAGAUACAGACAGUUAAGUCUGACAAGACUCGUUUCACUGCCAAGUGCGCAAGUGAAGGAUGCCCUUGGCGAAUCCAUGCUGCUAAACUUCCUGGCGUUCCGACCUUCACAAUUAGGACAAUUCAUGAGCAGCAUUCUUGUGGUGGAAUUACUCAUCUUGGUCAUCAGCAAGCCUCAGUCCAAUGGGUUGCAAAUUCUGUGGAACAACGCCUUAAGGAAAACCCGAAUUGCAAGCCGAAGGAGAUACUUGAAGAGAUUCACCGUGUUCAUGGGAUCACCCUAUCAUACAAGCAAGCCUGGAGAGGAAAGGAACGGAUCAUGGCUGCUCUUCGUGGGUCAUUUGAAGAAGACUAUCGCCUUCUUCCACAGUACUGUGACCAAAUUAGACAGAAAAACCCAGGAAGUAUUGCAUCAGUAUAUGUGAAUCCAGUGGAUAGUUGCUUCCAGCGCCUAUUUGUUUCAUUUCAAGCUUCAAUCUAUGGGUUUCUGAAUGCAUGUCGACCACUUCUCGGGCUUGAUAGAACUGUUUUGAAAAGCAAGUACCUUGGGACCUUGCUUUUUGCUACUGGUUUUGAUGGGGAUGGUGCUCUGUUUCCUUUAGCAUUUGGGGUGGUUGAUGAGGAAAAUGAUGAUAAUUGGAUGUGGUUCCUUUCUGAGCUACAUAACCUGCUUGAGAUUAAUACAGAAAACAUGCCAAGGCUUACAAUUUUGUCUGAUAGACAGAAGAGUAUUGUGGAUGGUGUGGAAGCCAACUUCCCAACUGCUUUUCAUGGGUUCUGCUUACGACAUCUUAGUGAAAGUUUCCGAAAGGAGUUCAACAAUACUGUGCUUGUCAACCUUCUCUGGGAAGCUGCUAAUGCUCUUACAGUCAUCGAGUUUGAAGCAAAAAUCCUUGAGAUUGAAGAGAUAUCGCAGGAAGCUGCUUAUUGGAUUCGACGAGUUCCGCCUCGCUUGUGGGCCACAGCAUAUUUUGAGGGAACACGGUUCGGACAUCUGACUGCCAACAUAGUUGAAUCGUUGAAUGCUUGGAUACUUGAAGCUUCUGCACUUCCAAUAAUUCAAAUGAUGGAGUCUAUCCGUCGUCAACUAAUGACUUGGUUCAACGAGCGACGCGAAGUAAGUAUGCAGUGGACAUCUAUACUUGUUCCAAGUGCUGAAAGACAUGUAUCAGAGGCUCUUGAGCAUGCACGUUCAUAUCAGGUGCUCCGAGCAAAUGAAGCAGAAUUUGAAGUUAUAUCCCACGAAGGAACAAACAUUGUGGAUAUUCGAAAUCGUUGCUGUCUGUGUCGAGGAUGGCAGCUGUAUGGGCUGCCCUGUGCCCAUGCUGUGGCAGCUCUCCUUUCUUGUAGGCAGAAUGUUCAUCGCUUCACUGAGAGUUGUUUCACCGUGGCAACAUAUCGCAAAGCAUACUCUCAAACAAUACACCCAGUUCCAGAUAGAACCCUUUGGAAGGAAAUGUCGGAUGGAUCUCAAAAUAAUGAAGGCAAUGGUGCUGAGAUCAUCAUAAACCCACCAAAGUCGCUUCGUCCGCCAGGACGACCAAGGAAAAGGCGAGUUCGUGCCGAAGAUAGGGGACGUGCGAAGCGGGUUGUGCAUUGCAGUCGCUGCAAUCAGACUGGGCAUUUUAGAACAACAUGUUCAGCGCCUAUAUAGAUUAUCAAUUUCAAUGUUAAGCUUUUUCUUUAUUUCUAUGUAAAGAAUUUAGGUUUCUCUAUAUAUUUUAAGCUUCUCUUAUUGAUGGACAA